GACCGUUAUGGAGGCGGACGCCGAACAUCUCGAGAUGGGGGCCGAGUCCCUGCCGAGCGCGGACGAGGCCGCGGCUGCCGCCUUCGCAGAAGUGACCACUGUAACAGUUGCCAACGUGGGUGCCUCUGCAGACAACGUAUUCACAACUUCAGUGGCAAAUGCAGCAUCUAUCUCUGGGCAUGUGCUGUCUGGAAGAACAGCUCUUCAGAUUGGAGAUGGCUUGAAUGCUGAGAAAGCCACUCUGAUUGUGGUUCACACAGAUGGCAGCAUUGUAGAGACUGCUGGGCUAAAGGGAGCAUCUGCACCUCUUACACCAGGGCCUCAGUCCCCUCCUACUCCUUUAACAUCUGGACAAGAAAAAGGGGGAACAAAAUAUAACUGGGACCCUUCAGUGUAUGACAAUGAGCUGCCGGUACGAUGCCGAAAUAUCAGUGGAAUCCUGUACAAAAAUAGACUUGGCUCAGGUGGUCGGGGACGGUGUAUUAAGCAGGGAGACAACUGGUACAGCCCUACAGAAUUUGAAGCUAUGGCUGGAAGAGCCAGCAGUAAGGACUGGAAAAGAAGCAUCCGCUAUGCUGGGAGGCCAAUACAGUGCCUUAUUCAUGAUGGUAUAUUAAAUCCUCAUGCUGCCUCUUGCACCUGUGCUGCUUGUUGUGAUGAUAUGAGUCUGAGUGGGCCUGUAAGGCUAUUUGUUCCUUAUAAAAGACGGAAAAAGGAAAAUGAGUUGCCUACAACUCCAGUGAAGAAGGAUUCCCCUAAAAAUAUUACAUUGCUUCCUGGAGCUGCUGCUACUACAUUCACAGUGAGUCCUUCGGGACAGAUCACUACCUCUGGCACUCUGACCUUUGACCGAGCAUCAACUGUGGAGGCCACAGCUAUCAUCUCGGAAAGCCCAUCCCAGGGUGAUGUUUUUACAGGUACCACUGUGCAAGAUACAAAUGUUCAGCAGCCUUGCCGGGUCAAUCAUCCAGAGCCUCACUAUCCAAGUUAUCAAGACAACUGCCAGAUAUCAGCAUUCCCAGAGGCAGCCCUGCCAACUUCUCAUCGCAAAAUUGUGUGGACCUCACUUCCUGCCCUGGCUGUGCCACCUGCUACCCCCGCCAAGACAAUAUCUUCAUCAGUAGUCAGUGGACUUGAAAUGACAGAACAACGGAGCUGGCUUUACCUUGAGGAGACAGUCAAUUCCUUACUCAGCACCGCUCAGCAGUUGAAGACGCUGAUAGAGCAGGCUAAGCAGGCUAGUUCCUCAUACAGAGAAGCUGCUGUCUCCCAAGCAAAACUUCAGGCAGAUGUGGAGAGAAAAGAGUAUCAGAACCAGUUAUUUCAACAAACAGAAGAUGUAGAUGGAAAAACAGAAAUCAUCAUUAAGCAGUCCUGUGUCAACUGUGGCCGGGAGGCAAUGAAUGAGUGCACUGGCUGCCACAAAGUCAAUUACUGCUCAACAUUCUGUCAACGGAAGGACUGGAAGGACCAUCAGCAUAUUUGUGGCCAGGCAGCCUCAGUUACUGUCCAGGAAGAAGAGGUUCAUGUCACAGACACUGUGAUAGAGAAAGUAGUUGUCUGAACAAUUUUACAUCUUUGCUUUGUAUAAAUGCAUGUAUAGCAGACUGGCUGGACCAGCAAUCCUGCUCUGAUUUGUUUUAUACAAAAAAGCACAAACUCAUCAAGAAGAUAACGUUGCUAUUUGUAUGUUGCUGGCCAACUUAAGACUUUUCUCUAAUAAUGCAGAUGCUGAAAAUGUGUGGACACAUGAAAAUCACAGCAUCCCAUUUCAUAUAAAAACAUAACUUUGGAACAUAAUGUUCAUGUUUACAAGGGUCUCUUUAAGAACCCUGCAAAACUGAGGAGUGUUUUAAACUGUUGCACUUCACACCUCCGGUGGAUGAUGAUGGUUCUUUGAGAAUACUUAUACACGUUCUUCAAAGUGGGUUAUGAGAUCUACAUUCUUUUGAGAGUCUUCUAAGGUGGUUUGAAUAAAAAUUGUGUCCACAUUUUUCUGUCCCUUACUGACCUACCUCUCAUUAAAAGCAAAACAACUAUUGAAGAGCCCACCCCUUCAAUGGGUUGUUUUAAGGGUAUAUCUAGACUUCGGUGGCAUUUCUCAUGUCAGUUUUUGUGUAUUGGCUGGUGCUUCCUCCUGCAGGACAUGAUUGUCUAGUACAUUAUAGGAACCUUUCAAUUCCAUGAUUCUAUGAUUGUAUGUAAUAUUGGGAAGUAUAAUGUAAUCAUGAAAUUUCUUGUAGAAUUUAUUAAGUACAAAACACAUUUAGAGUAGUUUUUCUCCAUAUUAUUGGACUACAUCUCCCAGACUCAAAGUUGGAAAACCACCAGCCUAGAGCAUUUGAAUGCUAUAGAAGAAUAUGAUCUAAAAUUGGAGACUAGACAUCUCUCUCUCUCUCUCUCUCUCUCUCUCUCUCUCAUGUGCACACAACAUAUACACACGUACCUACCUACCUCUUCUCUUGCUUAUAAAUCCUCUUAUUUCCUCCUGAAGUGGAAGCAAGGCUGUUAAUGGUAGCAGUUUGGGAGUUUCACCAUAAGUCAGAAACAAACUGAUAGCACAUAACAGCAACAUCAAAGAGGAUUAAAACAAAUAAAAAGGAACAAAAAUAUACAACACAGUUGAAUUAAAUAAUGUAUAAGCUCAUUCUGUCAUCAAACCAAAUACGUUUCCUUUUGUAAUCAACUCCUAUUCAAAAUAGCAAAGGGAGCCAAGACACUAGGCUUCUGCCUACUCCAGUGUUACUGAACCUCCAGCUUUCUUGAAAAGACUGAACUUUGAUUGACCAUCCCUCUUACUUUAAGCAAUGUAACUUUAUGCAUAAUUAUAUUGUGCCAGUUUCCUUUCCCAUUGAUUAACUGCAGGGAUCCAUUUAUUGUCACGAUUGAGAUGACAGUACAUGUGCAACAAUCAGUGUGUGUGAUAUUAUUCACAAGGACCUGCUGAUGUUCAUGUCAGAUUUGUGUAACUUGCUAUAGCUACCUGUAGCCAACUGAUAAAGUUCUCGGUUGUGUCUUGGUUACAAGCUUGGUUAUAAGCCCAGAUGUGCUG